AUGCAGACACUCGCGUCUCGUCUCUCGCUUCUCUCGUCAAUUUGCCCGCUGUUCGUUCAUUAAAAUUAUCAUGGAAUUUGCUAACCAAUUUACAGCAAUUCAUUUUUUGAAUCAAAAUCGUUGAUUCAUUUGGAUUUGAGUCAUAAUAAGGUGAAAUAUGAGGGGCUUUAUGAUUUUUCUGUCUAUUAUUUUUUCAGAUCACCUCAUUUUCAUCGCACACUUUCAGCAAGUUAGGCGAUCUUCGAGUUCUCGAUUUAUCUUCAAAUCCCAUCAAAAUGCUUCCCUAUAAACCAUUCGCAAAAAACAAUCGACUGAAAUGGCUGAAAUUGAGCAAAUCUGAAAUUCAAACUCUAAAUCCUGAUCAUUUUUUCGGCCUGAGUUCCUUGAAAACCCUAACUCUCUCAAAAAUGCCGCUACACAAUAUUUCACCGUAUGCAUUUGUGCCUUUAAAAAAUCUACGAUAUUUGGAUAUGGAUUCAUGCAAUUUGACAAGAAUUCCUCAUUCUGUGAUUUACAAUUGCCAUCUAACAAAGUGAGUUAGCCUAAAUACAAAAUUUUUUAAUUGUAAACUUCAAAACUUGAAGAAAAAAUUAGCUUCCCAUGCCGGGAAUCGAACCCGGGCCGCGUGGGUGAAAACCACGAAUCCUAACCACUAGACCACAUGGGAGGACGAGAGCGCUAGCAGCAAAAUGUCGUUUUAUUUUUGAAGCAAAAUUUUGUGUGUGUAGAGAGAGAGCGGAGUGUCUGCAUCUCUCAUUUUCACACAUUCUCUGAGAGCAUGGGGUUGAGGGAAAAAUAAGAAAAUUUCAUUUGUUAGAACGACACUCCGCGCUUACGCUGGUUUAAAGGUGGAGUAUCGGGUGAAAAAUUCAAUUUUCAAGCUGAAAAAAUAUGGAGAAUUCGAAGAUUGAGCAUUUUAUAAUAAAAACGUAAACGCGGAGUAUUGUUUGAAAAAAUAAAAACUCGAAAACUUUUUCGAGCAAAAAAAAGUUAUGAAUCUAUAAAUCGAAAAUUGCCCGUAAAGGCGGAGUAUCGUUGUUUCUCUCAAAACAAAUCCAAAUCUUCCAGACUAAACCUGGCCAACAACAAAUUCCAUCGAAGUUCUUCUUUACCUCCCGAAGUUCUCGCCGGUCUUUCAAGUCUCUCGCAACUUCGAAUCGAAGGAAAUCCACUCAUCGAAUUUCCUCCCUCAUUCCUCCUAAUCUCCCACCAAAAUCAUCGUCUUCUCCGUUUCCUACUACACUCCACAAUGACGUUGCCUGUCUGGCGAAAUGAGCCAUGCACACCCUAUUAUUGGGCAAUGCAAAUGCAGAAUCAAACGGCAAGUUUGCGACAUUUUAUACUGCAAUAUAGCGAGGAAAAAAUGAUGAAAAUGGGGCUGGAAGUGUGUAAAGGACAAUUUGAAUGGAUGAAAGAACAAAUGGAUAUUUAUAAAGAACUUGAGAAAAAUAGUGGAUGUUAUACGAUGAGAAAAUUAAGAAGUUCAGCUAACUCAACAGCUCAAAAGCUUCCUUCUUCCAAUAAAAUCAAUCUAGAUUCAAAUAAAAAUGAAAGACUAUUUGAUCUACCUCACCCAUUUCUACAUGUAUUAAUCGCUUCGAUUUCAUCGAAUUUUUUGCUCAUUUUUAUUAUUGUUUCUUGCACAAUUAUUGGAUGUUUUUCACGAUAA